AUGGGGUUCACUCCUCGCUCUGGCCCAGGGGAGUCUCUCUUCUAUGGUCCUGGGGAUGGGGAGAUCAGAAGAGCCGGGCAGGAGUACGAUGAGCUGCCUCACUACCCAGGCAUCGUGGACGGCACUGCAACCCUGGCUGGCUUCUCAGAGGCAGUGCCCUCAGCACCGAGAGCCCCCGGGCCCUAUGGCCCACACCGACCUCCCCAACCCCAGCCCCCGGGCUUGGACACUGAUGGCCUGAGGAGGGAGAAGGACGAGAUCUAUGGACACCCACUCUUCCCGCUGCUGGCCCUGGUCUUUGAGAAAUGUGAAUUGGCCACGUGCUCGCCCCGUGAUGGGGCCGGGGCCGGGCUGGGCACACCUCCAGGCGGCGACGUAUGCUCCUCUGACUCCUUCAACGAGGACAUCGCUGCCUUUGCUAAGCAGGUCCGCUCUGAGAGGCCCCUCUUCUCCUCCAACCCGGAGCUGGACAAUCUGAUGAUACAGGCCAUUCAGGUGCUCCGGUUCCACCUGUUGGAGCUAGAGAAGGUCCACGACCUGUGCGACAACUUCUGUCACCGCUACAUCACCUGCCUCAAGGGAAAGAUGCCCAUCGACUUGGUCAUCGAGGAUCGGGACGGCGGCUGCCGGGAAGACCUCGAGGACUACCCGGCGUCCUGCCCCAGCCUCCCAGAUCAGAAUAACACUUGGAUUAGAGACCAUGAGGACAGUGGGUCUGUACAUUUGGGGACCCCGGGUCCAUCCAGUGGGGGCCUGGCCUCCCAGAGUGGGGACAACUCCAGCGACCAAGGAGAUGGACUAGACACAAGCGUGGCCUCUCCGAGUUCUGGGGGCGAGGAUGAGGAGCUGGACCAGGAGCGGCGGCAUAAGAAGAGGGGGAUCUUCCCCAAGGUGGCUACUAACAUCAUGAGAGCCUGGUUGUUUCAGCACCUCUCGCACCCAUACCCCUCGGAGGAGCAGAAGAAACAGCUGGCGCAGGACACAGGGCUCACCAUCUUGCAAGUCAACAACUGGUUCAUUAAUGCCCGGAGACGCAUCGUGCAACCAAUGAUUGAUCAAUCCAACCGCACAGGGCAGAGUGCAGCCUUUAGCGCAGAGGGCCAGCCCAUAGGGGGCUACACGGAAGCUCAACCGCACAUGACUGUCAGGCCUCCAGGGUCGAUGGGGAUGAGUUUGAACUUAGAAGGAGAAUGGCAUUAUCUAUAGAUUCAGGACAAGAACUCCAGACUCUGGACUGUGACUGCCAGGCUCACACCUGGUUAUGGUCCCUCCCUGGCCCCCUGACUUCAGGACCCCACCUCCUAAGAACCCCAAUGCAAUGCCUACCUCCCUGGGGCCCUGCUGGGACAUGGGGGCCUGAGUACCCACUCGAGGGGCUCUCAAGGACAAAGACAAGGCGUCCAGGCCCUGUGCCCCACAUCUGCCCUCACCUCUGCCUCAAACCCAAGCUGCGAUCCUGGGCCUGGAUCUUCAGAAGGUGGUGGUUGGGGGUCCCCUGCCUCCAGGCUAGAGAAGGGACUGGAGGUGGGCUGGGGCUGUUAGGGAAGGAGGGUCAGCUGGAUCCGACAUUUGGGAGAGGUCCCCUUACCCUCCAGCCCACUCCCCCCCUUCUCUCCCCUACCUCCCUUCACUGAUGUCUUCUACUUUUUUUUUAAUGAUAAAGUCUGAAAAACAAAAA